CGCGCUUGGUACAGGACGCAGGAGCGAGCAGCCCGUCCCCCUCCGACUCUCCGGUGCCGCUGCCGCCUGCUCCCGCCACCCGAGGAGGCGCGGUGCCACCCACUGCUCCGUCCUUUGCCCGCGCUCAGUGCCCGACCCGAUCCCGGCAGAAUCUCCCCAUCCUCCUUUUGCUUUCCGACUGCCCAAGGCGCUAUUUGUUUUCUCUCUCUCUCUCUCUUUCUCUUUCUUGCUCUGUGAGCGCGGAGCGGGGGGGAAGAGGAGGAGGAAUUCUUUCCCCGCCUAACAUUUCAAGGGACACAAUCCACUCCAAGUCUCUUCCAUUUCCAAGCCGCUUCCGAAGUGCUACCGGUGACCGCAACUCCUGAUCCCAAACCAAGAGGGGAGCCUCCCGACUUCGAACCCUCUUUUCCUUCUCCGCUCUCCUCCUCCUCUCGCUACCUCCACCUCCACCUCCACCUCCGGCACCCACCCACCGCUGCCGCCGCCACCAGCAGCGCCUCCUUCUCCUCCUCCUCCGCCCCUCUUCUCUCUUUUUGGCAGCCGCUGGACGUCCGGUGUUGAUGGUGGCAGCGGCGGCAGCCUGAGCAGCAGCAGCCUGAGCAGCACGCCAGCUCUCGCCCACCCUGCCACAUUCUCCGGUCCCAUCACCCGAUCUCCCGAAAGGUGCUGGGCACAUUUGGGGCGGCGGAGGCGAAGCGGCUGCGGCGGCGGUAGCGGCGGCGGCGGCAGCGGUAGCGGCGGCGGCGGCGGCGGGAGGCAGGAUGAGCGCACGCGGAGAAGGCGCCGGGCAGCCGUCCACUUCAGCCCAGGGACAACCUGCCGCCCCGGCGCCUCAGAAGAGAGGACGCGGCCGACCCAGGAAGCAGCAGCAAGAGCCAGCCGGUGAGCCCUCUCCUAAGAGACCCAGGGGAAGACCCAAAGGCAGCAAAAACAAGAGUCCCUCCAAAGCAGCUCAAAAGAAAGCAGAAGCCACUGGAGAAAAACGGCCAAGAGGCAGACCCAGGAAAUGGCCACAACAAGUCGUUCAGAAGAAGCCUGCUCAGGAGGAGACCGAAGAGACAUCCUCACAAGAGUCUGCAGAAGAGGAUUAGGGGGCGCCAACAUUCGAUUUCUACCUCAGCAGCAGUUGGAUCUUUUGAAGGGAGAAGACACUGCAGUGACCACUUUCUCUAUUCCCAUGGUCUUUCCACUUUCAU